AUAGCUUGCUAUUCAAGCUGCGGUCACAUUGCCUUACACGUUGCUGCAGUCGUCCCGGUUGACGAAAUUGUUUUGUAUUUGCAUUUAAUUCUUGAAAAACUUCAAGUAAAUUACCAACAAGAUGAAGUUCCUCACCGCAAAGGAAGUACGCGAUGCGUAUCUGAACUUCUUCAAGGAGCAACAGCACAUCUAUGUGCACUCCUCCAGCACAAUUCCACUCGAUGAUCCCACACUGCUCUUCGCCAAUGCCGGCAUGAAUCAAUUUAAACCCAUUUUCCUGGGAAUCGCAGAUCCUAACAGCGAAAUGUCCAAAUGGGUUCGUGUGGCCAACACACAAAAGUGCAUUCGUGCUGGCGGCAAGCACAAUGAUCUCGACGAUGUGGGCAAGGAUGUGUACCAUCAUACAUUCUUUGAAAUGUUGGGAAAUUGGUCGUUUGGCGAUUACUUCAAGAAGGAAAUUUGCUCGUGGGCUUGGGAAUUCCUCACUGAACGUUUAAAGCUGCCAAAGGAUCGUCUGUACGUCACAUAUUUUGGCGGCGAUACUGCCAGCGGUCUGGAACCCGAUCUUGAAUGCAAGCAAUUGUGGCUGGACUUGGGCUUGAAGCCCGAGCACAUUUUGCCUGGCAGCAUGAAGGAUAAUUUCUGGGAAAUGGGUGAAACGGGUCCAUGUGGCCCCUGUUCUGAGCUGCAUUUCGAUCGCAUUGGUGGACGUAGUGUCCCAGAGUUGGUCAACAUGGAUGAUCCUGAUGUGUUGGAGAUCUGGAAUCUUGUGUUCAUUCAAUACAAUCGUGAAUCCGAUGGCAGCCUGAAGCCGUUGCCCAAGAAGCACAUUGAUUGCGGCAUGGGAUUCGAACGUCUCGUUUCGGUCAUACAAAACAAACGCUCCAACUACGAUACUGAUCUGUUUGUACCUCUGUUUGAGGCCAUUCAGGCAGGCACUGGUGCUCCAGCGUAUCAGGGACGCGUGGGUGCCGACGAUGUCGAUGGCAUCGAUAUGGCGUAUCGUGUGCUCGCCGAUCAUGCGCGCACCAUCACCAUUGCCUUGGCCGACGGCGGCAAUCCCGACAACACUGGACGUGGCUACGUGUUGCGUCGCAUUCUUCGUCGCGCUGUGCGCUACGCAACGGAGAAACUGAAUGCUAAGCCAGGUUUCUUUGCCAGCUUAGUGAACACUGUGGUUGAGCUGUUGGGCGACGCUUUCCCAGAGGUUAAGAAGGAUCCACAGCACAUCAUCGACAUCAUCAACGAGGAGGAACUGCAGUUCCUCAAGACACUUUCACGCGGCCGCAAUUUACUUAAUCGCACUAUCGAGAAACUGGGCGCAGAUCAAACCACCAUUCCUGGCGAUGUCGCCUGGCGUCUGUAUGACACCUAUGGAUUCCCCGUGGAUCUCACACAGCUGAUGGCAGAGGAGAAAUCGCUUAAGAUCGAUAUGGAGGGCUACGAUGCAGCCAAGCAGAAUUCGUACAUUCUGUCGCAGGGCAAAGGCGCCAGCAAGAUCGAGGAGAUUAAUCUGGAUGUGCAUGCCAUAUCGCAGCUGCAGGAUCAGGGUGUGCCAUUAACAAACGAUUCCUUCAAAUACAAAUACGAAGCUGUGUCCGAUGAACGCGAUUCCGCAUACAACUACAGUGAUUGCAGCAGCAAAAUUGUUGCUUUGCGGUACGAGAAUCAAUUCGUGCAGCAGAUUACCAGUGGCCAGAAGGCAGGCAUUGUGUUGGAUAAGACAAACUUUUACGCCGAAAGCGGAGGCCAGAUCUACGACCAAGGCGCACUCGUCAAGCUGAACGAUGAGGCCAACGAAUUUCUGGUGGAUCGUGUUUACAAUCGUGGCGGUUACAUUCUGCACAUUGGCAUUGUCGAGGGAACUUUAUCCGUCGGCGAUGAGGUGCAGCUGCAUAUCGAUGCUGAGCGUCGUUGGCUCACCAUGAAGAAUCAUUCGGCAACACAUGCGCUCAAUCAUUGUCUGCUGCAGGUGCUGGGCAAGGACACCGAGCAAAAGGGUUCGUUGGUGGUGCCCGAAAAGUUGCGUUUCGAUUUCAAUAGUAAGGCUGCGAUGACCAUUGAACAAGUGGCCAAAACGGAGCAGUUAACACGCGACAUGGUCUACAAGAAUGUGCCCAUCUAUGCCAAGGAGUCGAAACUGGCGCUGGCUAAACGUAUUCGCGGUUUGCGCUCAGUCUUCGAUGAGGUCUAUCCGGAUCCGGUGCGUGUCAUAUCCUUCGGUGUGCCCGUCGAUCAGCUCGAGACUGAGCCGGAAGCAGAGGCUGGUGAGCAGACGUCUGUGGAGUUUUGUGGAGGUACACAUCUGCGUCGCUCGGGUCACAUUAUGGACUUUGUGAUUAGCAGCGAGGAGGCCAUUGCCAAGGGCAUCAGACGCAUUGUCGCCUUGACCGGACCGGAGGCAUUGAAAGCCAUCAAGAAAUCGGAAGCAUUCGAGCAGGAAAUUGGCAAACUCAAGGCCACCAUCGAAGCGGACAAGACGGGCCAGGAUUCCAAACUGUAUGUGAAGCAGAUUGUUGAGUUGACUGAACAAAUCUCGCAUGCUACGAUUCCCUACGUGAAGAAGGAUGAGAUGCGCAACUUGCUGAAGGGAUUGAAAAAAACUCUCGACGACAAGGAGCGUGCACUGCGCGCUGCGGUCUCUGUGACUGUAGUGGAGCGUGCCAAGGCUUUGUGCGAGGAGAAUCCCAAGGCUUUGGUGUUGGUCCAACAGCUUGAGGCGUAUAACAACACUAAGGCGUUGGAUGCUGCCUUGAAACAAGUGCGCGGCCAACUGCCUGAUGCUGCUGCCAUGUUUGUGUCUGUGGAUGCCGACUCCAAGAAGAUCUUUUGCUUGUGUUCAGUGCCCAAGAGCGCUGUGGAGAAGGGUCUGAAGGCCAACGAAUGGGUGCAGCACAUUUCUCCAGUGCUGGGCGGCAAAGGUGGCGGUAAGCCGGAAUCUGCUCAGGCCUCUGGCAGCAAUUUUGAGCGUGUCGAUGAAAUCGUCGAGUUGGCCAACAAAUUCGCCCAAACAAAACUGAACUAAAUUGGCUAUUGGAAACAUACUCAGCAAGGAAUUAAUAACCGCAUUAAAUACAUACUAUAUAUUGUGGACUGUUCCAAACGGUCCUCAAGCUAUGCUGCAUUUUCAAAAAGAAUUUCUGCUUAUUUAUAAAAUACAUUAAAUACAUUUGUAAACAUUUUCAAA